ACUCCCGUACCCAAACUCUGCCCAAAAACUUCUUUUUCCGCAGCCAACAUCUCUGGAAAGAUUCCUUGUGACAUCUUAAGCAGUCAUCUUGCCUCGCUUUAGAUUCUUUCAUCGUUAUCCUUUGGCCCCGCGCUCAACAUCCAAAAUCUGACAUCAUGCCUCCUAGGAAGUGGGACGAGGAAAGCAGCGACGAGGAGAGCUCCGGCCCUGCCUCUCCUGUCGGCGGCGCGGUUCCCAUCCGCCGCAAGUUCGAAGACGAGGAGGACGAGGAUGACGUUCUCGAUUCCUGGGAUGCCGCCGAAGACUCCGAGGUCGAGCGCGAAAAGGCCAAGAAGGCCGAGGAAGCAAAGGCCAAGGCUCUCGAGGAGGCUAAGAAGAACAAGAAGACCAAGGCCGAGCGUAUCGCCCAGCUGAAGGAGGAGCGUGCCCGCCUUGAUGCCGACGACUCUGGCGAGGAGGAGACCGAGGCUGAGCGCCGUGAGCGCCUCCGCCGCACUGAGAAGGAGUCCGACCUGAAGCACGCCGAGGAUCUCUUCGGUGAUAUCGGAGUCCCGGCCGGUCGCAAGGCUGUUCUCGCCGGCUCCGCUGUCCAGAUCGACCCCAACGACCCGACCAAGACGGCCAACAUUGCCUCGAUGCCCCUCUUCAACCCCAUCACCAAGACCCAGUUCGAGCACCUCCGCACCACGCUGACCCCGAUUCUGGCCAACAACGUCCGCAAGGCUCACUACGGCCUCUUCCUCCAGGAGUUCACAAAGAACCUUGCCAAAGAUCUGCCUAGCGACCAGAUUAAGAAGAUUGCCAGCACUCUCACUGCCCUUGGUAACGAGAAGAUGAAGGAAGAGAAGGCUUCCCAGGGCGGCAACAAGAAGAGCAAGGCGGCCAAGACCAAGGUCUCCGCCGUCGUCAGCCGUGCUCCCACAGCUGACACCGAGACCUACGAGGACGAUGGUUUCGGAGAUGACGACUUUAUGUGAAGUAAAAGGCAGGGUUGCAUUAUUAUCCCGCGCCCAGAGCUCAGCCCCUCGUAUCUCAGCGAGUCUGCUCCGUGCCAACGGAUCCAGCGCGGCUUCGUACCGAAGCUCGCCACAGCGACUUGGGUUUAGAGCGCAAGUGUCGCUGCCGCGGACUCCGGCUGCGUCACGAUGUAGAUGGGGGCUCGGCAUUAUGAGGGCUCGUGGGCUACUGGGACUGCCGGGAAGGUCAUCAUCUGGUUCAGAUUAUGAGAGAUGGCAUCGGAAGUGGCGUCGACUCAAAGCGGGAAAGGCGCUGAAUCAUGGGGGGAAAAGCAUUUACGGUCUAGAGGGCAAUGGGCCCAGUGC